CUCCUGGUCUUCGUGAACUACACAUGCUACCACCCACAUGGGAGGAAGACAUGAGCAGAGUUGAAUGCAUGUAGACCACAGUGUUAUGUGCAUUUGAGGCGACCGCGGCCUGGCUGUGGGUGAAAGCCUCGGCCUUUCCUCGCCCGGCUUCACCGGCGAGCUGAGGGUCAGUAUCCUGCCUAAUGUUGUCAGUGACAGACUGUGACAGCUAUACGUGUUGACAAAGGAGGGGCCAUGGCUUUUGAGGAGAUCAAGAGUAAAGGAGGAAUGGAUAUGGGGAUGGAAGGAGACAGGGGCCUUGUGGCUGGUCGCAGCCAGAGAGAGAAGAGGAGGUCAUACAAGGACCUGUUAAGGGAGGAAGAAGAGAUCGCUGCUCAGGUCCGAAAGUCUUCCAAGAAACGGCCUAAGGAUUCAGAGCUUUUUAUGCUUGGAGGGGAGUCACACAAGAAGAAGAAGAAACAUAGUGAUGACUACUAUUACAGAGACCACGAUGGUUCAGGUCCACCUCCCCACAAGAAAAAGCACAAGUCUGCAGACCGCUCCCCUACUCUCUCCUCCCCGUCCUCCUCCCACCCGACAGAUACAGCGAUGGGUCUCCUGCAGGCUAUCACCUCUCCUCUGGCCACAGGUUCAGACCCCAGUCCCCACUUGCACAAGAAGCCCUCGUACCCCUCCUUCUCAUCGCACUCUUCCAAGGACCGCAAACGAGAGAACAGCAGCGGUGGUGGAAGCAAAGGGAGCCAAUCCUUCUCUCACUCCCGCCCCAUGUCCUCAUCGUCAUCCUCCUCCAAGAAGCACUCCUCGUCCUCCUCCAAGUCGUCCCUUUUCCACGGCGGAGCUCCCAAAGAGGAGCCCUUGACGUUGCGUGAGGCGGAUGGCCUGAAGAUGAAGCUCAUCAUGUCGCCAGAGAAAGAGGAGGGAGAGAGCUUCCCGUUCACGCCCCACUCUUCCAAAGGAAGUGUGAAGAAAGAGAAGGAUAGAGACAGGUUGCAGAUGUCAAAGAUGCCCAAGAAGAAACUGCAGCAGAGUCGAGAUCCGCUGCCUGUAGUGGGGAAGGAGGUGGAGGUGGAAGGCCAUUAUGGAGGUGGCAUGGGGGAUGACAGCUCCUCGUCUGGGGGUGAACUUGAGGCUGGCGAGCUGGUUAUAGAUGAUUCGUACACACACCUGUCAAAAAAGAAGAAGAAGAGCAAAAAGAGCAAGAAGAAAAAAGACAAAGAGAAAGACAGAGACAAGGAGAAGAGUGGAAAGGACAAGAAGCACAGCAAAGGAUUUAGUGACUCAUCUAGAGGCCACAGCCACUCCCACCCCACUGUCACUCACAGCGCUGUUGGUCCAAUGUAUGCCAUGGGCACACCCGUCCCUCCACACCACCAUCAAGGCAGUGAUGGAGUGACAGAGAAGAAGAAGAAGAAAGAGGAGAAAGACAGAGAAAAGCAUGACAAGGGAAAAGACAAGCCCAAGAAGAAGAACACAUCAGCGUACCAGGUGUUUUGUAAGGAGUACAGAGUCAACAUAAAUGCUGAACAGCCCGGACUAGUGUUUGGUGAGCUAAGCAAGAAGUUGGCAGAGGUGUGGAAGGCGAUGCCCGAGAAAGACAAAUUAGUUUGGAGGCAGAAAGCUCAGUAUCUGCAGCACAAACAGAACAAAGCUGAGGCCACCACAGUCAAACACAAGAGCGCCAGUGAGACCAAAAGCAAAGUUGUAGGAACAGCAACAGGGAUGGUGUCACCAAACAGAGCGCCCAGCACAGUGUCCCUAUCCCCGGCUCGAGUACCAGAUGUGGAUCCCAUUGAUGCAGCAGCUCACCUGCAGCUCCUGGGAGAGUCCCUGUCUCUGAUUGGGCAUCGGCUACAGGAAACAGAGGGGAUGGUGGCAGUGUCCGGGAGUCUGUCUGUCCUUCUGGACUCCAUCUUAUGUGCGCUGGGACCACUGACCUGUCUCACAGCACAGAUACCACAGUUAAACGGAUGCCCUCGAAACGUCCUGUCGAAUACAUUGGACAACAUUGCCUACAUCAUGCCUGGGCUGUGAGUGAAGACGGAGUGAUUUGCAAGUCAACAUGUUUGGCAGGAGUGACCCUUGGACUUUAAUUUAAGCCACUGCUUGGCAUCUGAAAACCAGAUAUUUCUAGCGUCAACUUGUUUUUAAAGUAUUUUUUUAAAGACCUUGUUCUCUUAAUUUUCUAAUUGUUAUAUUUUUAAAGGAAACAUUUUACUGAACACGUUAAUCCUUUCUUGGCAUGUCAGCUUAGUUUUACUGUUACUGUGCAGUGUGCAGUUGUAUGAUUGAGUGUAUGCUUGUAUGUACAAUAUUGAAUGUAUGUGUUUAUUUAGCUGUGAAGUGGGACUGACUGUUGGUGUAAGAGAUGGAUGACUGUUCUUUUUUUUUAAAAAGGAAAUGUACAGGAACAUUUAAGUCGUUGACUUUUGGUCGUCAUCAUCAACAUAAUGUAAUAUAUUUGGCACCUGCUAAGUUUUUCUUUUACCAUGUAACAAGUGCUGCCAUGCCUUACUGUUUUUUACAUUUGAUAUUUUGCUGUGCAUACAGUGUUUAGAUUUUGACUGUACUGUAGAAUUUCAAAAGUGAUCAAAAACACCUUUAGGUGCUACCUUGUUGUAAUCAGGAGCUGUUUAAACGAAUCAGUGUCGGACAUUUAACGAAAUGGCAGCAUUAAAUUAUGACCUGUUCCCUAA